AUGACUUCCCUCUUGAGAGGGCCCUCGGCAACAGGGCAAGGGGGACGCCUCAAUCAACCAUCAUUUAAGGCAGGCACCUCUCCGGAACUUGCAGUCACAAUCAAGCCGGCCCAAGACUCCUAUCUUCAAGACCGAUCCAACAAGCGAGUGGAAUUUGACAACCUCGAAAGCAAUACCAGCGAGGGGACCGAGUGGGAGGAGAGAUACUUUCAACCACGGCGCUCAGAUACGAUUUUCUCGAGCUUCUCUAACGCCUCAACAGUAACGAACACCACCGAGCCAGACCCCUUAAGUCCAGCCACUGCCUCCUUCGAAGUAACGAACCUUUCCCAGUAUCCUUCGUCGCCUUGGUUGAUGCAAUUCCGACGUGGCUCACCCGCUCCAAUGACAUUCCAUGCUGAGACACAUUUCAAAUCGGAAGCAGGACUGGAUAUUCAUUCUGUGGAUAUGACGACAGCAAACUUUACUGCUGAAGGCUCAUCGUCGCCGAGGCAUAUCAUCUCGCCGAACUUGAAGCCGAGACGAACAUUCCGGGAACAGGACACGCUCAGAAAGAACUUGCAAGACCCAGCCCGACAUCUGCCCAAGUGUAGGAGGAAAGACAGUAUGAGCAAACAUGCGGUGUUCCAGGUUGGCCCGCCUUCUGACGCCACGCAUCCUGAGAAGCCGUUGGUCAGCCAGAUCACUGCAGGACUACGGGCGAAGUCCGCAGGUGAUACAAAUAUCGUCAUGCCGGUCUGCCCAAAGGAGGAGUCUGAAUCACUGGUACCAGCUGCAAAGACAUCCCGCAAUCUCGAUUUGCCAGACCUCCAAGGCAUGCAAAUUGACGAAACGUCUGGAGACGUGAGAGCAGAUACGACACAAGAAUCAGUUCCGCAAGACGUCGACACCCCCACGUCCGGGAACGGCUCAUCCCCCGAAGGACUUUCGCCGUUGAUUAUGACUCCUGGUCUCGAUGACCCAGAAGACAUUGAGACUUCCCCGAGCCACAACUUGGACGCUGGUCUGAUCCAAGACGUCUGUGAACAAAUUCUCAGGCAAGCGUUCGAUACAGAGUACGACGACAUUGCGCAUACCGAUGCAGCUGGUGAGGCGUACAACACCGUUAGUUACUGCCUGGAUGAGCUGUCAAAAAUUCUACCGGAUGAGAGUCUGUUCAGCUCCGCCAUAUGCAUCCAGGAGCUACCUCGCGGAGCGGGCCACAUUGCGCCGGCCCAGCAAGAAGGAGGUGGCUCAAGCUCUGGAACGGGCCGCCAUGGGGGAGCGAACAAUGGGUCGCAGAAGAGACCGAACGAUGACGGUAACGGGUACCCCAGCAGAGGGCCUGAUGACGGUUCUGGUCCCGGAGAUCGAGGUCUCGACGGGGGCGGUAACGAUGGCGGGAUAAAGAGAGCGCGUAUAACGACCGAAUUGGGAGAUCAGGGGUUAAGCUGUCCGUUCCGCAAAAGAAAUCCCGAGAGAUUUAACAUCCGUGACCAUCAACAAUGUGCUGUUCGUCCAUUCGACAACAUAUAUGAACUGAAAUGCAAAGAGGACAUGCGGUCGCGUGAAGCAGUGCAAGCGCAUCUUGCGGUUCCGAGAGACAGCAUAUGCAGCCCGCAAGAGGGAAUUGCGAGCCGAAAUCCGGAGGAUGGCAUCACGGAUCGACAUGAAUUUUUGCUGAAUAACCGGAAGGCAGAUGGCAAGAUUGAUAACUGGCAAGAUCUCUGGCACAACUUGUUCGGUUUAGACGAAGAGGUUCCGGAUCCUGAUUUUGAGCCUCCAGUCGAGCGCGAAGAGUUUUACCGAGAUUUGCAGAACGCUCGCCCACAACUCAAGGAGGCCCUAACCUCGAACGAGGAGUUGAGACGAUUCGGCAACCAACGGUCCGAGGGACACCACGUGGAGCAACUGGUUGACAUCUUCUACAGCCAUAUUGGCCAAGUCUUUGACAACUCCCGUCGCCAGCCGAUGAACAUAUCCCGCCGCCAGAGAGUUGGUAAACGCAUCCCGAGGGUUGAACCCUCGAAUUCGGCAAGCCCAAUAAACCCAGUGACCCAGAAACCAUCCCGAAGACUGGGUCAACUCGCAGUUCCGAGGCAGAUUGUCAGGAAACGGCUCAUCAACGGCGACAGUAACGGAGGCAGCCUAGCUUCUUCUCUUGAGACGAUUAACAGCGCCGAGUCGUGGGCGAAUGUCGGCCAGGCAGAGAUGGUGACGAGGGCAGCUCCAGGCAUGAAUAGUUCGGGGAGCGUGCAAUCGCGCCAGGAACAGGUUGCGCAGACAGGCGUCGGUGUGGGCGCAUCACCCUCGAGUUUUCGUCAGGCUCGACAGCAUGAUCUCUUUGUAACUCCGAGCCCAGUUACUCCCCGAACCCCCAUCAACCCUCAGGUCGGCUUUGGUGCUUACGGCAAUGAGGUCGCUAACCUGAGCCAGCCAGCUCAAGCUACACGGUUUCACCAUGGCCGACAGGCUCUGGUAGAUUCGGGGAUCGAGAUGGUGAAUUAUUGUCGUCCUACGCAAGGCAUGAACGGACUGAGUGAUAUCCAUCGCGCCGAGGCCAGAGGAAUCUUCGGACCGUCGCCACAACCGCAGCAACACAGGCCUGCAGAGAUGAACUUUGGGGGACCCUUACCUCAGCAUCUGGCUUAUCAGCAACAGCCAGAACAUAUGGAGCUGGCCAGCCCCGAUGAUGCUCACAUGAUAAUGGGAGGGAUAGGAGAGAGCGAUAUGUACGGGUGUCAGAUGACAUUGCGCUGUCUCCGUGCACGAACCAACCCCUCCUUCCGCUCGACCAACCAGUCCGAUAAGAGAGAUAGCCCCCGCCCCGCGCUAUAA